CAUCUCUUUUUCUCUCUCUCUCUGUCUCUCAUAGUUGUUAAGCUUUCUUGGCACAUUUGUGUUUGUGAAUUCAAUCAUUUAACAAAUUUCUUCAAGAAGAUCAAGUUAUGUGUCAGAAUUCAAUAUUCUGUUUUGACGGUCUCUCUGCAUUAGUAACCAAACCAAACCAAACCAAACCAAAUCAAGCCUGAAGUCCCACCAAAUGGGAUUGGUUAUAUGAAUCAUUCUUUUCCACUCGACUCAAUCAUGUCUCUCUGCAUUAGUAAUUAACCUUUUUUGUAGUUAGGGUUAUUAUCCAAAGAAACAGAGUUUUGCCCCCAAUAUCUCACCAUGAAAUCUCAUCACCUCUCUCUCUCUCUAGAAUUGUUCUGACUCUAAACCCUUUUCCUGAUAGAAAUGAAAGAAUAUUGAUGACUCUCCGCUUCUUGAUCAUUGAUUUUUUUGCAGAAUUCUUGAUUUCUUGUUCCUGAAUGUUCUCAAUUUCCAUUCAUGAACUUCAUGCUUUCUUGAUUUCUUGUUAGUCUGAUAUUAUCACUCAAUAAUUUAUGGGUUUUCUCACAAUCUUGGAAGGCGAAGCUUUGUGCAUUCUGGGAUCAAUCUAUCAUAUAUUUAUUGGGUUUUUUUUCCUUCUCUCUUUUUUGUUGGAAAUAUUUGUUUUACAUUAAUCUUUGAGUUGCAUUAGCUUAAUCAGUCUCUCUCUCUCUCUCUCUCUCUCUCUGUUUUUCUCAUUUUUAAUAAAUGUACGCUUGAGUUUAAAAUUUUUAAUAAUAUACAUUUGUUUAUUAUUGAGUGUAAUCCUAAAAUUCUGAUAAAUUUUCAAAUUUCUAGAUCAUAUCAUCGUUGGAUUAUCCUUCAAUAGCUUUGAGACAAUCAAAUGGAAAAGUAUAAGCUGGGUAAGGUUAUUGGACUCGGCGCCUACAGUACUGUUCAGAAAGAUCUUAAUCUCAAGACUAAUCAAAUUGUAGCAAUAAAGAGACUGUAUACUUUUGACUGCAAAAAUGGUGUCCCAUAUACAACAAUCCGAGAAAUCUCCAUGCUGAAAGAGAUGGAUCACAUAAACAUUGUCAAGUUGCUGGAUGUAAUAAGAAAUACUAAAAAUGAAUGGUAUAUCAUUUUUGAUUAUUUGGACCUUGAUUUGGAGAAAUACAUGGUGACUUAUCUGGAGGAUUCUAUGGAUAAACACAGAAUAAAGUGUAUUAUGCAUCGAAUUCUUUCUGGUGUUAUGUACUGUCAUAAGCACAGAAUUAUGCACCAAGACUUGAAGCCUGACAAUAUGCUGAUAGAUCUCAAUGCCUCUGUAGUGAAGAUUGCAGACUUUGGAAUGGCUAGGGCAUUUCAUAUUCCUCUUAGGGCAUAUAGUCCCGAGGUAUUAACUAUAUGGUAUAGAGCACCCGAAAUCCUCCUUGGCUCCCCAGUAUACUCCACGGCCAUUGAUGUGUGGUCUGCUGGCUGUAUAUUUGCCAAGAUGCUUAUGCGUCAGAAUCUGUUUGCUGGUGCCUCCAAGAAUGAACAUCUCCGUAAAAAUUUUAGCAUUAUGGGGACACCAAAUGAGAGAACAUGGCCGGGAGUGACCUCACUACCGUAUUACCCUGCUGGUCUUCCCGAGUACAAUCCUGAGAAUCUGGAAGAAUUUUUUGUUGAUUUAGAACCAGCAGGUGUUGAUCUUCUUUCUGUAAGUUGUUGCUGCUUUCAAAUGUGUGUUUUUUUUUAAGAAUAAUGAUUUGAAAAAACAUUUUCCAUACAUGUGUGACAGCUUUGUUUUGGAUAACAAUGAAUCAUUAUGUUACUCUGUCCAUAUCCAUCUUUCACCCUUUAGUUGAACUGUGCUCUCUAGUUUAUCAUUUUCUUUCAAUUGUCUAUUUCCUUUUUUGUCCUUUUAUUGUUGUUUUGCAUCUGCUUCAUUUGUCAUUUUCUGGCAUUUGAUAUGAUGAGAAAUGAUAGUCAACUGAAAACUUUUGAUGUGGUUAACGGAAAAUAGGUUUAUUUGGACAGAAAACAUUUUUUACUUUAAAAUGGAAAACGUUUUGUGUUUUAUGGACUGAAUUCCUACCACCACUAUCACAGCUGACACUGGCACCACUCCAUGACCCCAUCACUGCAGCCCCACCACGCCAAUACCACGAGAACAUUUGUAGCGGUCCCAGUUUUGCCACUUCGCUGAUUAUGUCGGGGAUUGAGCUACCCGGUCAACUCGCGAGGGUCCAGGGGGCAGCGCCCCUUGGCAGGUCCAAGGGUAGUGCCCUGGCGGGGAUCGAGCUGCUCGGUCAGCUCGCGGGGGUCCAGGGGGCAGCGCCUUUUGGCGGGUCCUAGGGCAGCG